GGCGACUACGGCGUGAAGCUGUGCGGCCGCGAGUUCAUCCGCGCCGUCAUCUUCACAUGCGGCGGCUCCCGCUGGAAGAGGCUGUCGCUGCAGGGCGCCGCGCCGCUGCCCGGACCCGAUUCUACUCAAACCACAAAUAACAAAGAACCAGAAAACUUAAAGUUGCAGUCAGUCUUUGUUCCAGAUCUGGAGCAGCUGCAGAGAGGCAGCCUACCACUUGAACAACAAGCAGGGAAGGAUUUGUUUAAUUUGUACGAUUAUAAUGAAUAUGUACCCACGUCAGAUGACUUCAAAGAAUAUGUCCGUCAGGUUGAAGAUGCUGCCCAGAAGAACAAAGGUGGAACAGGAAUUGCCAGUCCCAUGGGAUCAAACAGUUUUCCUUGGGCUAAGUAUCCCAGAAAGAAACGGGACUUAUCUAUGGGGGUGGCAGGAAUGUGCUGCAAAUGGGGCUGCACUAAAAUGGAAAUUAGUACACUAUGCUGAAACUAAAAUGGUACUUCUGCAUUUAUUUUAGACAUAUGGACUCAAUGUUAGUUGCAGUGAUACUUGAUUGAGUGCUGCGCAUAGAGAGAAAAAUAAUCAUGUGUUUGUAUUUCAUUUUGUCUGUGACUGGUUGUAGAUUUUACUUAAAACCCCCCUCAAACCUAACUGUUAGUGACUUUGUUUUGCAGCAGUAACCUUUUAAUCUAAAUUUCUACUCAACUGUUACUAAUUUGAAUGUUUGUUCUUUAUGUUAAAAUUUCCCACCUCAUAUUUGUAACACUCUAGGGAGAAAAAUCCAUGGUAAUUAAACAUAUAUUACAUUCUAUGAA